CUGAGUCAGUCGAGCUGGUUACUGAUCUAUCGCGACGUGAAUGCAUCACGUUCCUAUGCACUGUGCGCGCUACUGAUUCCACUCUCGUGUAUGGUCACCUCUUUACUCAUUAUCGACUUCUUCUAUCAUUCUCAUAACCACCAACAACGUAGCCGUCUUCUUCAACGAAUUUGCCACGAUGCUAAUGAGGUUUUGGGAAUACUGCUUAUAAUUCCAUUACUGAGCAUCAUUCAAGUGGUGUUAUUACUGCUGCGAUUGCAAUAUAUGCGUUUGUUCCGGAUUUAUCAAAAUAAACAACACCCAAGUGAAUUCACUGCUGUGUUGUCACGCGGUUGUUUGUUACAGAAGAAGGUUACUAUUUAUUAUUACUUCAAAACAAAGACAAUUAAGAGAGGUAAUGAAUAA